GACAUGUAGCCGUGCACUUCCUUGAACCAUACAGUGAUGAUGGGUAUGAAAUAGACAAUAUCAGGGAUGAGGAUGGAAAUAUCUUUGAACGAAUAGACAGUGGAAAUGAAGCAGCUGAUGAUGAGGAAGAGGAGGAGGAGGGUGAUAAUUUUGAUUUGGAAGGUUUUAUGAAUCCUGACGCAAAGUACAAGCUCUAAUAAGUUUACUUCUAGAUAAUUUAGAAAUUAUCAUUGUAUCAAAAUAAUUCACCAAAAGAGGUGUUUACUUAAAAGUCACAGUAAUCAUGUAUCCCACCUAUGUUAUUGUCAUCCUCAUUGAUUAGGAUUAGCUUAGGGGUUGCAACAUAAUGAAUUAGCCAGCUGUUUUUUUGCAUUACAUCCAGUCCUUUGUGUUAACUAAAAGAUGGAACUGUCAGCCAUGUUGCGAAAUGCCAGGACCCUUUCGGGUUUAGCGCAUAAUUUGAUUAUAUUAUUAUUCUUAUUAUUAUUAUUAUUAUUAUUGUGGAUUGCCAGACAUUGACCUCAUGCCAUGAUGUUAUAGUGUAUCAACAAGGACUUUAUUUUAGUGAAUACCAUGUGCUGAACUUUUCAUGCUAAAUGAAAAUGGAGUAAAACUUUGUGACAAUUUCCAAAUGUGUAUUAAAGUGUCUUGCAAGAAUUAGGUCAUAAAUCUUAAUUCUUAAGGCUUAACAAAUGUUGCUCGUAAAUAUGCUUCAUGAAAUUUGAGAUGAAGCGGUCAAUGUGUGCUUUUGGUUUGCUUUAAUUAACAUUCUGUAUGCAUCUGUUUAUUUGCUAUUUUCUGUACUAAAAAUAGGAUGGUUCUUGCAUAAUCUCUGCCAAAUAUUCCAUACAUUCCAGAAAACUCCAUGCUUUCUAAUGCCACUCUAUAUCUUUACUCUAAUUUCUCCCUCAGUCUGUUGCUCCAGUACUGGUAUAUAAUUUGUACAUUUUGGUUUAUGCACCCUUGCUGUUUUGGUCGCUGUUUUUUUUUACUAAUCAUGCCUUAGCUUAAAUUGCAUCUAUAUCGCCUUCAACUUCAUUGCUCUCAAUAUGUUAACACUCGGAAAAUAUUCAUUCUAACGUCCUCUGAAAAUAUUACUUUUUUCUGUUUACUUCCUGUAAGCCCUGCACUGUAGACGUGUGAUGUGCCAUUGGUGUGCGAGGCUUCAUCGCCAAUAGCCAUAUUGCGGGCUUUUAUUUUGUCACCUUUAUUUUCUUUUAUGGUAUAUUUUACCAUUGGCAUGCCCUGAUUAUAAUCUCAAAGCUGCUUUUAAAAGCUUAGCUUAACUAAAUUAAAGAUUACUCAAGUUUUCCAGCUAAAAUAAUAAUAAUUUAGUGUAAUGCCAGCUCGGAAUUUUAUUUUAAAUUACGUUGAUGGUAUCAUUCCUCAUUUAUUACUUUCUGAUCUGAUGACUUUUAGUUAAGAUUGUCUCAUAAUGUAAUUGAGAUGAGCAGACUGUUUUCUAGUAAUAUACAGGUACUGUACAAUAAUUCUCAAAGCUUUUCUAUGAUUUUAUUAUUAAGAGGGCAUUAUAUAACCCCUUUAAAUCUAUGAGGUAAUUUUUAGUCAGAUUUCUAGGUGAAAUUUAAUUCACCACAAGAUGAGGUGUAAGAUAACCGAGCUGUAUAAUGAAACACACUUACAGUAAUUGUUGUGACAGUUCUGACAGACCUCAUUAAUGCUGAGGAACAUUACUAAAUGCUCAUACCAUCCACAUAUAAGAGCUCUCAUUACAGUUAUUGUAUAAAUAAUUAUAAUUUGUGUUGAUCAGUGCUUUUUAAAACACUUGGUGUCUGUGAAUGCCUCAUUAUUAUAGUAGCAUACUAUGUUGUAAUUCCUUAGCUGUUCAUUAUGGUAAAAUGCUCACUUUGAAGAAUUUUCUUUUAUCUUUAUUUAGGUACUAACACAAUAUUGACAGACUAAAAUAGUAUUUUUUAAUCUACCCAUUUUCUUACCUAGGGAAUUACUGCAUUGAAUAACAAGGUAUAGCUGUAGUCAACCCAUUCACUGAUUUGUAUCACUAACCACAUUUUGUAUGGAAUAGCAAGCUAUAGCUCCCUUGUGUGGCUGAAAAUGUGUGUGCCAGAUGGGUUUUUGUAACCCACUGGGGAUGUGAUUAUACUUUGGAAAUUAGUUUAAACCAAAUAAAUACAUAAUACUUGACCCUCAUUGAGAAUCAAACUCUGAAACCUGCUAGGCCAGUGCAAUAACUACUCAAACUGUUGAUCUUUAAAAUUUUUUACUUUCUGUAACGAGUGUUAGUUCACAUAUAUUACGGAUUACACAUUUUGUCACUUCACACUUAUUAGCCGUUUGAAGCUAAUUCUAUAAAUUUUAGAAACUUCACCAUAAUUACAGUGAGCCUCGUUAUUCAUUUCACAAGUCUAUUCAUUUACUAAUGUUCCUCUGUGGGAUCCUUACAGUUUCAUCACUUGUUUAACAACGUUCUGAUGGCAUCAUUAGUUCGCUGAAUAACAUUUUGCUUCCAGUGCUUUGCAAGUUCUCAAGUUUGCCUGCAUUCCCUCCUUAUAGCUUUAUGAAACAAAUAUAUUUUAUUUACCUUUUCAUUGCGUUUAGCAUUUAAUCGUUAACCCUUAAACGGUCCAAACGUAUAUAUACGUUCACGCGCGUAGCGCCCCAAACGUAUAUAUACGUUUUCUUUGUCAUUCAUUCAACAUUGCCAAAAUAAGCCUGAGUCACCUAGACAUGAGAGAAUGGGUGUGUGCACUCACUGUGUUCCAUAUUAAAAUAACUGGGGAUGCCUGGGUACCAUAUGCUCUUUUUUCCUUUUAAAAGAAAAGAUUUCUUUUUUCCUCAAAAAAUUUGGGGGCACUACACGAGUGACCAUAUAUAUACGUUUGGACCGUUUAAGGGUUAAAAUCCACUCGUAUUCUAUGCUAUCGACAUUAAUAUAAUUUCUUCUACGUAAACACUAGGGCUUUUUUUCCUUUAUUCCUAAUGACCUGGAAUACUGCAAGGCUUGCACCAUCCCCACAAACCCAGCCCAGCAACAUUGGCCAAAAUUGCCUGCAUGUAUUUUUUUUUUAUCCUCUUAACUAUACAAACUGCCAGUUUGUUAGUUAAAACUAUUAUUAGUACCAAUUUUUUUUAUUUUGGCAGCUGAUAUGGUCCAUUUAAGUACUGUUCAUGAUAUACAGCAUGAACAUUUGUUUAUAAUUACAAAAUGACUUUCCUAGUUUUUAAUAUGGUAUGGUAAUGCUGUAAAUAUUAUUUUGCAAAUACAGUAUACGUGAUUUCUGUAAUUACAGCACUUUUUUCAAACCUGAAAUUUCAAUAUCAUAUAUCACCAGGUAUUGCCCAAAUGUAUAAUGCCAGAAAAACCUAACAUCAUAGUGAUUUUCUCUACUGACAAGAGCUCGAGGUUAAAACUUGUAAAUGUAUAUGCAAAAUGAAUUUAUAAUUUUUUUUUUUUAGAGAUGCCAGACUACAGCGCACACUUUGAUGCAUUGAGUUUGUAUAAAGAAAUUAAGUCAUUGCACAAACAUGGUCACUACAAAAGUGCAUAUAGGAUUUAUAGGAAGCAGUUUUGCUAUAUUGCAAAUUCUUCUGAAUGAAAAGUAGUUGCUGCAUAUUGUGAGAGUGGGACAUUUUAAUCUUUGAAUAAACAAAAUUCCAAAUUUUUAUUCAAAGUGUUAGUCAUGUGUAGUUUAUGAAAAAUGUAGGUGGGUGAUGUACCCAGUGUAUAUACAGAAUAAGCUAAAUUCCAGAUAAUAUAUUAGUAUACUGUAGUUCUUUUAAUAGGAGCAUUUUUUUAUUUUGUGCAUGAAUUGGCUUAUCAACUCGUCGCAAGGUUUUAAUUUUCAUAUUUAUUUGUAAAUAGUUAUAUUUUUUAACCUUCUUAGCAUUAUUUAAAAGCAGCAUAAUGUCUUGUACAUAAAAAUUGUAUAGAUUUGUAUUAAAGAGGGAUGUAUACGAUGCUACAGUUUUUUAAUGAAAAAACUUUUCUCAAAUAAUGCCUCUUGGAAGCAUUUUCUUCAGUAGUGGCAGGGGGUCUUCACUACAAAGAGGCUACCACAGUUCAACUUGGUUAAUUCUAACUGCCAUUAUCUUAAAAUUUGAGAGGAGAUUGAGGGAGAUUACAUGUACUCUUAACUACAAGCAACUCUGACUGUGAUGUAAAUUAUUUCAUUUAUUUUUUUUUCUCCUUCAUAUUUAUAUUGUGUUGGUGCAGUUUUAGCAAUUUUGAUAAAGUUUUGAAUCCGUC